AGAACAUGUAAAAUGUUUGUUUCAACCUUUUACUUGAAGCAUAAACAGCAUCAGAGUUUUAACACUUGCAAAACCUUCCAUAACCGUUUAACAAACGAAGGAGAAUGCCCAGCGUGCAGGUUCUGGGACGCAUCAAAGUAACAAUAAGCUUUUCAGAGCUAACAGGAAUUUUCUUUGCCAACAUAAUCAAUUCAACCAAAAAAAGGUACCCUGAAAAACAGACUUCUGCUAAUUUUAAUCUUUGUAAGCUGUCGACAGGUUCUGAAAAAUAUUAUUAGUGAAUUGGACUUGAAUUGGUUUCUAAAUUGACCAUGAUGCAUCAAGAAGUGUGAAAACAGUUUAUUUAUCGUCAUGACUGUAAACCUCAAGGGUCGCAUAGAGCAACAUUGUUGUUCAAGCACCCAAAUUUUCAGGAUUAAAACCUUUUUUUUUGCAUCAUGAAAAUAACYGUCUUUGAUUUUAGGUGUUUUAUUCUGAGUGCAACACAUCGAUUAAUGAUUCAAAUAGGAAAAAUGCAUCCUUGUCAUUGUCAUAGGAUCGAUAUGGUCAGGACCAAAUCGAUCACAGAUUUGUGAAUUAAAUAAAAACUUUAUCACAUAUUUUGUGAUAUUGAGAAUCAUCGUCUCCAUCCAAACAAAUCGAUAUAAAAUCACAUUGUGAUAAAGCUGGUGAUUCGUUUUUUAUUGGCUGCAUUGUUCAAAUUAAAAUUUCUUGUCUAAAGUAGCACUUAUUCUCACAAAGCUUUUCAUGUUGAUGAGUGAUGAUGAACUUUCUGAACUAUUUAACAUAUAUAUUGCRUUUUGGCAGUGUGGUGUAUCAAAAAGAAUUUCUCCUCCUAAAGACCAGACAAGUCCACAGCAAUGCCUGUAGUGUGGACUCUGUCCUGCCAUGGGAACAGGCAGCUAUUUGCUUUGAUUUGCAACAGAAAAGCUUGUGACUGUCAGAGAAGGUUCUGUUUGGUCUUCUCCUGGCCAGUUUAAGUGUUAAAAGUGUCAUUAUUUAGCCUCCGAGGGCUGAGUGAGGAGAGGGCAAACAGGAUUGUGUGACUUUCUGUCAAGAGCCUCCGUCCUCCAGAAGCUCAUUAAGGGACAGGGCCCAGUUUCCUUUUGUAAACCCUCUCUAAAGCCACUCACAGGUCGACUGGCUGGAGGAGCUGGUUGAGUUUUGGAGCUGGAAGGGACACAUGAAAGAUGGCGCGCUGUGAGGUGGUGUUGGAGACUUAUUAAAACAGCAGGAAAAGACUCUGGACUGGAGCCAAAGAGGAUCUCACCCUGUAGCGGUGACCGGAUCUGCAAAGAAGUUGGAUGCACUCGUUCUGAUGCUCUCCUGACUGAAUGUCUGAACAUCUGAGUGAGCAUGGAAGGCCGCUUGCAGGACUCCAUGAUCAACUUCGUCGGUGAAAUCAACCUGAUGGCGUUUCCUCCAAAGCACGCAGCAGGACCAAAGGAGCAGGGGGACGUUGCGCGCAACCAGACCCGGAAAAUAAACGGAGAGCUGCGGGACUCUGCGCGCACCGAGCCGCCCGGCGCGCAGAGUCCCGGGAUGGUUUCACCGCGGAGGUGCUGCAGGUCCAAACGGAGGAGGGUCAUCACCGGAGUCCAGCGGCAGGCGGCCAACGUCAGGGAGAGGAAGAGGAUGUUCAGCCUGAACGAGGCGUUCGACGAGCUGAGGAGGAAGGUUCCCACGUUCGCCUACGAGAAGAGGCUGUCCCGGAUCGAGACGCUGCGCCUGGCCAUCGUUUACAUCUCCUUCAUGACGGACCUGCUGGAGAACACCUGAAGAAGAAGCUGAAGGAAUAUAACUUUAAAUAUUUUAUAUUACAUAUCUUAAAAGCUGUCGUACAU